CGGCCCGGCCCGGCAGCGGAGCGCGCUCCGCUUGCGGGCCGCCGCUCCCCGGCCGCGGCCUCGGUCCGUCUGUCUUUCCGUGCUCGCUUCCCUCCCGCGGGGCACGUGGUGGGGCUGCGGCCGCCCCUGCCCCGCCGGGCCCGCCCGAGGGCCGCGGCCGCCCCCGGUCCCUGCGCGCCGCAGGCCGGGCCCGGGCCGGGACGUCCCUCGUGGAGCGGCCGCCCGAGCCCCUCGCUCCCGGCCGGGGAGGCCGCGGUGCCUCGAGCUGCUGUGUGCCUCUGGAAGUGACAGCGGAAGCAGCUGUCCGUGUCCAGUUUUAGGACUUGAAACUCCGCUCGGAUUCUGGUGACUUACAAGGAAAUGACCCUGUGUGAGAUAUGGCUCGUGGACAGCAGAAGAUUCAGUCGCAGCAGAAAAAUGCCAAAAAGCAAGCUGAGCAAAAAAAGAAACAAGGACAUGAUCAGAAGGCUGCAGCCAAGGCUGCCUUGAUAUAUACCUGCACUGUCUGUAGGACUCAAAUGCCGGAUCCCAAGACCUUCAAACAGCACUUUGAAAGCAAGCAUCCUAAGACUCCACUUCCUCCAGAACUGGCUGAUGUUCAGGCAUAAAGUUGUCUACAGGUGAAGUCAUGACACCUAUUGACUCUUCUACUGUCAGACCUUACAUAACAAACCUGCAGCUGCUUUUCUAAAACUGUUGAUCAGCAAAAAUGAAGGGGCUACAGAAACAUUCAUAUUUUUAUGCUGUUCCCUCUUGGGCUUCAUGCAAAGACAAUUCUGUGUAAAUGUACAGUUGUGCCCUAUUUGGAAAUCCUAAAAAAUCAGUCCAUACUUGUUAUAAAAAAUUUUUUACAAUUGUAAUUAUAUUGAUGUUCAUAUUGUGUAAAAUAACUCACUUAAUAAAGUAGUACUUUGAUUUUACAAUA